AUGGUAGAUAUCCAUACUUCUACCGCUUUGAAUGACCCCCCUUCAAAGGACGGAGCCUCGAUGCCCAUACCUAAUUUGCGCCGACCCAGGAUGCUACCAAAUAAAAUAGGGCAGUGCGAGAGAACCGAGAAGGCCAUUGAGAUCGAGCUACUUCAAGGGUGGAAGAAGAAGAACGUAAUUUUGGAGCUCACCAACCGCAUCCUCGAGUGGAACGACACGCUAUGUCCAAAUUGCCAGGCGAAUUUGAAGGGAAAGGGACCUCAGGUUCUCGAUGAGCACGAGGUGAAUAAUUAUGAGGGUCGUGAUUUGCCUGAUGCUGAUUUCGAAUCCGCUGCUCACACCAACGAUGCUGAGGAUAGUAAUUGUUCUGAGGCAGUGACUAGUCUGAGGAAGAUCCUGGGAAAAGGCACGCAACGGGACUUGAGUUUAAGUUCGCCUGAUUGCAAUCAGCGUUUGGUUGCCUUCUUGACCAUACAGACUUCCGCCAGCGUUGCUAUAUCAGUCCUCGCUCUGCUACCUUCUCAUCCCACCGCUGCCAUUUACCACUCAGCACUAGACACACCUUGCAUGGCCAACGCCCCCGCUCCAGGCUGGCUGCGGCAACAGCCUGCCAAGACAGAUCCUGAUAUUUUCGAUGACGAAGACACAGCUCCUGAAAGUCCUGCAGCUGCUCGUGCUUUGCGUGCCUGUAACUCCAGGCAAAGGUCUGAUACAAGAAGAGUCAAAAAUAGCACUCCACCAAAUUCUGGGUGUGCUGCUGCUAUGCCUGUCGCCGAUGCUCCUUUCCCCUCUACUCUUGGUGCCUUCAUAGGAUGCAACCAGCGACAAAACUCGGACGAAACGCCGCUCCAACCCCACGAACACUCAUUGAACUGUGCCCUCGCUCAGAUGCAACUCCGCAUCCGGCAAAACCAGUACACCAGCCCCGGGGGAGCCCAGAUGUGGGAGAGCGACGUGGCUCGUUUCAACGAGCUCGUCACGUCUACGUACGGGAAGCGAGCGCUUGGGUGGUGUGAGAUUGCGCGGCAUACGAUUGAGGAGGAACGAGCGAGCCAGGCGCACAAUGUUCGGCAGAAGGAUGCGGUGAUCGGCGAGUUGAGGCAGAAUGUCGACCGAUUGAGGAGAGAGGUUGCGGAAUUGAAGGAUAUGGUGCCGUGGAUGUGA